AUGGAAGAAGAAAUGAGAGAGCAGUUAGCAAAGAUGAUGGAGUUGAUGACGAGCUUAAGUAAAGGAAAAAGAGUGACUGAAGAAUCAGCUUCGUUAAAAAACCCAUCGGCACAAGACACUAGAAACUCAAGGGAUGAUCCGCCUUAUCCCCUUGGGUUCACUCCACCUUAUGCCCAGACUUUUCAAAAGGUCCACCCUCAAGUGAUGCCAUUUGAUUACUCCAAUGUACUACCCCCAUUGGGCCAUCAACCUACUCAUGGGCAAUUUGGGUUGAAUUUCGAGAUAAAUCCAGUUGAACCAAUACACGUCUCGAAUUUAGAUGAUCCCAAAGAGCAAGAGAAAUUAAGAAAGAGCUCAUCACAAACAGAAGAAACCAAAGAAGUUAAAAAAAAGUACGAUUUGUUGGAAGAACACCUUCUUGCUGUGGAAGGUGAGGAUAGGUUUGGAACCAUGGAUGCAGUUGAGUUAUGCUUAGUUCCCGAUGUGGUAAUCCUUCCCAAAUUUAAGGUGCCAGAAUUUGAAAAAUAUGAUGGGACAAAAUGCCUGAUGGCACACAUUACCACGUACUGUCAAAAAAUGGCUGCACAGUCGCAUGAUGAUAAGUUUUUAAUUCAUUUAUUCCAGGAUAGCCUAACUGGGUCGACAGCCAGAUGGUAUGUACAGCUUGAUCGGAGUCAUAUCAAAACUUGGAAGGAUUUGGCUAGAGCCUUCAUGGCACACUACAAGCAUGUUGUUAAGUUAGCCCCUGAUCGCUUAUCACUUCAGACCAUGGAAAAAAAGGCUAGUGAGAGUUUUAAGGAAUAUGCCCAAAGAUGGAGAGACGUAACGACACAAGUGCAACCACCCCUGACAGAUAAGGAGAUGACUGUAUUGUUUAUAAAUACACUUAAAGCUCCUUUCUAUGAACGGUUGAUUGGCAAUGCCACCAAAAAUUUUAUAGAUUUGGUCCUCUCAAGGGAGAUAAUUGAAGGGGCAAUCAAGAAUGGAAAAAUUAAGGGGAACGAAACCACUAGCUCCAAGAAAGGGACCACAUUCAAGAAAAAGAAGGGGAUUAUAGGCAACAUUGCCCAGAAUCCUUAUCCCUAUCAACUGAUUCCUCAACCAAUUUUUCAUCCGAGAGCACCCAUACCUCCACUUAUGCCUCAAUCAUUGCGGAAACCUAACCUUCACCAAUUACCCAUUCCAAUCUUUAAGUUUUUGCCUCUACUAAUUGAGAAUCAAUACCUCAAUCUUGUACCAAUGAAGACAAUUCCAAACCCAUCGGCAAGGAAUUAUAACCCCAAUGCUAAAUGUGACUAUCACAUGGGGGCAAUUGGACACUCAACGGAGAAAUGUAGGCAAUUGAAAGAGAAAAUUGAAAAUCUCAUGAAGGAUGGCACUUUGACUCUUGAGCUUAUGGAACGUUGGAAAUCGACUUUGUCAUAG